AUGCCACGCGCACUCCCCGAGGCCAGCAGCGGCGAGGGGGCGAGGGUGGCGAAGUCAGCCGUGGAGCCCAAGGACUCCAGCUCGGAGUACACCAGCAGCAGCGGCCCGCCGCCCGCCCCGCCGGCGCAGGUCACGGCCGCGCGGGCCAAGGCCGCCCCGCGGCCUCGCGCGACGCCCGCCGCGGUCAAGGCUGCCACCGCGGCGCCCGGGCCCGUCAUCAAGGGCGCGAGGGCGGCGAAGUCGGCCGCGGCGCCCAAGGUGGCCAAGGCCGCGCCGGUGGCAGCGCCUGCGGCUGCGGCUGCAGCAGGGGGCGAAGUGUCGGAGUACAGCUACGAGUACACCGACGAGGAGAGCGAGGAGGAGGAGCCCAGGGAGGCGGACCCGGAGGAGUCCUGA